CCUUUCAAAUUUUCCAUUUUUUAAUUAUGGUAUUUUUCAGAAAUAAUGAGAAGAUGAAAAGGAAGAAUGUCGCAAGAUGCUAAACUCAAAAAAUAUCAAGAUUGUCCUUUUCCUUCUCCUCAGUGUUAGCGUCGUCUUCAUAUACUUUACACAAUCAUACAAUAGUGUAACAAGUAUUGUGUUUAAGAGAGAAGACGAGGCCUCCUUUAUCUCAAGAAAUGUUCUAACGGAAGAAAAAGAAAAUACCUGGAGAGAAAAUCCAAGACCACAAAAACAACUAAAUAUCACCACUGUGGUUGAAGAUAAUGCUCAACUUAGCAAUGAGAUUGGAGUGCAAUAUAUCUUGGAGAAAAAGUUAGCCCUGGCACUGGCAGAUUCUGGUGAGAUAGAUCUGGAUAUUGGUGAACCUGAUCUAGGUGAGACAGAUGAACCUAUGGAUACAGAUAUUCCUGUACUUUCCCACCCAGUAACAAGAAGAUUGCUCAACAAAGAUGACUUCAAUCAGCUGAUGAAAGGGCGACAAGUUCAUUUACAGAAGUCUUGUCAAAACAUAUUCAAACAACAAAGACAGGAAUCUAUUAUGUAAUAAAUCUUUGAUGUCAUUUGCUUAUGUUCCCAAGCGGCAAUUUCCCAAACCCUGAGAGUAUUUUCCCAAUUGGAAACUUCCCAACUGUGCAAUUUCCCAAGUGUCGACUUCUCAAGUCUGUCCAAUAUCACUACUUUGCAUUUUUCUUAAUGCUGUGUCGAUCCCAUUUUUUACUAUCAUAUCUCAAACUAAAAUAUCAUAUAAUAGAUAAAAAAGUCUAGAGAGAAAAUUGUUAUCCAAAGUUUUGUUUUAACAUUGUAAGUUUUAACUGUAGUUUUACUGAGACUAUCUGGAUAAGAUCUUGUAAUUGUAAGAUACUAUUAUCUUCCGUGGUGCUUCAUGUCCAUCUUCGAUUUUAACUUUCAAUUAUUGCUCUAUCUGACACAAUUGAUCUUCUUUAAUUUUCAUAUUAUUAUUGUUAUAU